GGCAGACGUGGCUGAGGCACAGACGAAACGCCGUUUGCUCGCUACUUCGUUAAACUAUGCGUGACGUAGCCCACCCUUGGCACAGCCCUCCAUGUAACGCACAGACACGUGAAGAAGUCUCUAAGCAAGAAAGAGAAGCGCCUUAAGUGUGUCCUACAAUCAGGUAAAAAGAGAGCGAUUAAUUUGGGCACAGCAGUGCGAAGAACAGGCUUUGACGCGCCAAGAACGCCAUUCACGGGUUGCCAUGUUGUGAGUAGACACCGUUGUUUUCACUCUUGCGGCACGAGCUUUUUAUCACGCCAGACUAAGCUUCUCGCUGGGCCUCGUUUCAUUGCGUACUCCGUGCUGAAAGAACAUAGAACAGAACCUCUCCGCAUGAAGACGCUACCAGGCAAUGUGUGAUCGUGUUAAGAGAUCGUGGCUUUGCACGUGAGGCAAUGUAUAUGCAAUUCUUUCAAGGAAACUACAACAAACUGUGCUGUUCAUAGGUUCCACUAGCAGCGACUUACACGAAAUAGAUUGAAUAUCCCUGCCAAGAAUCGAAUGAAAUCGUGAGAACUCCGCAUGGCUUCCAGCGUGUCAAGUUGGAGCGAACUCAGAAGUCCGAAAUGCCCCAAGAUUCGGAAUCGAGCAAUAGCUUAUGCGCUCUUCGUAUCCGUAUCGUGCCUUAUACUCCUACCUACGACAUACCGCGAUGACAUGCCCGGAUGCCUACGUGAACCAUUUAAAUCAAAUGCCUCCAGGUCAUCCUCUACGCCGCCAGCUUCGGUUAAACCAGUACCUGUCUCCACUUCUACUACAGCAUACAUCACGACUGCCAAAAACGCCACGGGCAUUGCUUGGAAAGUGAAAAAAGCCUGCGGAUCCGCCCUUCGGGUUCUCUACUACGUGCACACCGCUCCGGAACACUUCGACAGGCGUCGCCUGCUGCGCGAUACCAUAGGCAACCCGGCAGUCGCCACGUUCUUCAACUCCUCCGUGGCCUUCUUCGUCGGCAAGACUACCAACGCAGACCUGAACAAGGAGGUGCGUGCCGAAGCAGAGUACGAAGGCGACGUGGUUGUGUUGGAACACGUCGACACCUACCGGAACCUGACCUUGAAAUUUAUCGGCGCGACAAAGUGGCUCGUUGCUAACCGCUGCCUGAGUUCAUCGACAGGUGUUGUCGUCAAACUAGAUGACGACGUCAUUGUCAACGUGUUCCUUCUGGCAUCUUACGUGGAGCACUAUCUGGCCGGUGACACUCGCGACUCUCCGAGUAUCCACUGCGCUACCAUGCCGUACCUCAAGCCCAUCCGCGAUAGACGAUAUAAAUGGUUCGUCACAAAGAAAGAGUACGCCAGUGACACGUACCCACCUUACUGCUGCGGCGCGGCCUACCUCAUGAAGGCGUCUGUGCUGACUCUGUUGGAGAAGGCGACUCACAACGCUACGUUCUUUUGGGUGGACGACGUCUAUGCCACGGGACUGCUGACGAAGGCAGCCAACGUGACUCUGGUUAACAUUAGGAGAAUGUGCGCCAUCAGCCCACCGGCGGAAACGACGUCCGUGAGCAACUAUACCCUGUUCUUACACUGGGGUAUGACACGCACGCUUUUCCUUAGAGCGUACCAGCUUUGGGCCAGUGUGCUAAGUCAAAACCGAACAACGUGACCGGGCAGAGUGGCGGUGCAUGAUCGACGAGUGACGGUGGUGACGACGAAUAAUAUGCAUCGGGACUGGGAGAAAAGGAAAGAAUUAAAUAUAUUUGCAAAAUGUGUACUACAUGCAACGACUUCAAUGGCAGGCAACGUGGCGCGUGGUGGGUUAAGUUCGUCAACAUCAUCGUACUUGGCCCAGUAUUCAACAUUUCGUUCAUUAGCGCUAUGACAAAUGUAUUCUCACUCAACGCAGUGAAAACAAGGUUGUAAUCUACCGGAUGUUCAAAAUUAAGCUUUACGGAUUUUUUUUUAAAUCGCCUGUGGCAGGUAGCAUAAUCCUUAUCGUUGAACUGGGUUAUUAUAAGAGGCGGACAUUAGUAACAUGAGAAAUCGAAACACAUGUUCAACUAAUUAACAAAAUUCACUAAUUCUUAGUUAAUUACAUUAAGACGCGUAUUGCAAUGUACGCAUUGUAGCUGGUGAGCUUGUCAGGCGUAUCCACUUGGAAUGAAUUUCCGUAGCGGAAGAUACUGGCUUUGACGCUAGCAGGCAUGGGAAGACAUUGUCCAAAAGUACUAUUUUGUCCGCCAUGUGUGACCGCACAGUUGCGUCAAUAUUCCAACAACAAAGAAUUCAAGUCCAUUCGAGCUUACCGUGUAAUCCUUCGACAGGAGCCGGUGAAUGCACAAGCGCCUGCACGGCUUGUCUUGCAGCAGAGAAAAACGCGGAAAAUGAUGAAAUUCGGAACGAAGCCGCCGCGGCUCGCAAAUCCGAAACCACGACAUAAAUUGGGCCUGCGUGCGCCAGGCAGUGUUCUUCCGCGCGGUGCUGUCGUCGGGCGUUGUCGCGCAAGUUCCGAGCAAGAAGUUAGUUCGAUUGAAGCUUUAAUGCUGCAUUACCGAAACAGAUAUAGGAUGAGCCUCCUGGCAAUCGCAGACAAUAACGGUACCCACCACAUCAGUCACACUAAACAUAUCUACUUAUCGUACCCCAAAUAAUAUUCCGUUCUGAAACGAGUUCGGAGCCGUUUCUGACGCGGCAGCUACGGCGUUCGCGCGGCUGCGGUCCCGUAAGAUGUGCCUGUAAUUUUACGGUUUUUUUAACAGUGUAUCGGAACAUUGGGAAACGUAGCUGAUAACCACUUCGCGAUACUUUUGAACACUUUGAAAGGUUUUGAAAAAGCUUUACUUAUCCCACAAACACCGAACUUCGCACAGAGAUCUGCCAUAGCGGUCAGUCUAAUAUUACUAAGUUUGAUCUUGCUAGCAUUUGUAC